AUGGCGAAUCCAGUGCCACUUAGUGAGAUCAAGAAGCGCUCCACAGUAUCCGACAGCGCGCGAAAACUCUCGAUACCUGUGUUCAAGGCUGGAAAACCUGAUGAAAUUGCGUAUCAGAGAGCAGCUACCCACGAGAAAACGAUGCAGAGAUUCCAAUUACGAAAACUGCCCAGUGAUCGAGCCCACCUGUCAAACUUUGGUAGUGAUAAACGCGUCAUAAUCGAUAAGGCUUUCGAUGCUAGACCCUCCAAGAAUCACCGAUUCUCGCUCCACCGUUUCUUGAAAUCGGCUUUUGGCCGAAAGGCUAGGAAACGAGCACUUCGAGUGGUAACGUCGCCGAUCACCCCGGACAGCUGGACCUACACAGUACAUGGUAUCGUCAUGCUACUGGUCUACCACUUUCAGCUACUUGACCUACCGUUUGCUCCAAGUUUCUAUCCCAACGGUUCAUACGUGACGACGGUGAAGGCAAUGGUGUUCGAAACACUAUUUCUGCUUGAUCUCCUGCUUACGUUAAACACCGCCUACAUCGACCAAGGGGUCCUGGUGACGUCUCGACGGAAAAUGCAAAGCAAUAAUUCCCCAAAGGGGUCCCAACCCAAUUAA